AUGAGCGACUUCGAGUAUGAAGACGACGAUUACGGCUACGAGGAGGAUGGGGCGGGUGUUGCCGACCUGUUUACGGAGGCGGAGUUCGUGGGAUUGCGCUCUCCCGCCGCACACGUGCUGCUGCGCCGGGUACUCGAGACCGCCACCGAAGCGGACACAUCCACCCUCAAGAAGGCGCUCCUCGCGCUGCUCUGCCACCCGCUGACUACGCUGGACGCUGCCGUGGACUUGGUCAACCGUCUGCACGCUGUUGGGGGGGACAUGGACCGCGCAAACCUCAACAAGGGCAUCAGCCAACUCGUCCGGCUAGGCGGCGGCCUCGCGCUUCUUAAGGCCCAACCCUGGUGCCGAGGGGACCUCAUGCGCCUCACGCUCGUGACUUGGGCCGAGUAUAAUCUCAACACAACCACCACACGCUCCAUUGACGGAGCACCCGCCAAUGUGGGAUCGUCUACGGACGGACCGUCUACAAACAAAUGUCAGUUGGGUCGCGAGCUGAAGGAGUGCGAGGACGAGCUGUAUGACUGGGUCUUGGCUGCAGUGAACAAACCCCCGGGAGCGACGCCUGUGUGCAGCGCGCUCUACAUCAUCCUGCAAAUCCACCACCAAUGGGUCGCGGAAAACUACCAGAUCGGGGAGAAUGGGGCCGGGGAGCGCGGAUUCGUGGAGGCGGACUCAUUCCCAUUAGACCAGCGGUGCAAGAGGAUUCUGGACUACCUGCAGCGGACACCGGAUGUGAACACGGUGUUGGACAUGUUCGUCAAGACGUUUGUGGUUAAUUUGGCUCUAAUUGACUACUGCAUCCUCACGGACUCGUUCGACCGCGCGUGGGACCUGACCGUAGACUUGCUGGCGAUCGCGAACAACCAAGUGCAGCACACUACAUGUCACGCUGAACUGUACAAACGAGUGCUGGUCCUGGAGAUCUUAGCACCCAGAGAUAUUGACAUCAACACCCUCUGUAACCUGGGCACCCAUGGCACCCUCGCGGCGGUUGAGAGCCGGCCGGCCUUCCGGCACCUGCUGGAUCUCGUCAACAAUAAAGCUUUAGUUCAAGACUGGAACCCUUCGCAGCAAAUACUCGUGAAAGUUCGCAAAUUCGCCAUCAGACGAUCAAGGUAA